AUGCCCUUACUCGAGCAAAUUGACCACGCCUUUGACCUGCGCCACGGGGCCGAAGCCGUGAUUGCUCUUCUGAUUGGUCACAAAGAAGGUUCACCUCAAGCCGUCGAUCCCAACUAUCCUCUGUCGACUCUCUACUAUGCGCUGAGUCUUGUGUACUUGAGAAAUGUUGCAAUCUCCGACCCCGACAUCGAUUCCAACUGCAAAUAUAUCAGGGACCAAUUUGAGAAACACUCACUUAUCUGGCACCACGGUUGGAGGUCACCCAGCGAAUGUUGCAUCAACGGUCCGGCUUGGGUACGGUCAAAAAAGUCGCUGUCACUAUUGCCACGAGAAUGCAACUUGCCAAAAGACCAAGAAAAAACCAUCAAGAAGUUUUAUGAGGAGGUGCUGUUGAUAUGGCAGCCUGAUUAUACAUGGCGUACCGCCAUCAGCGAAAUCGAGUAUCAGCGAGCUCGUGAGGCUUCUGCAGUGAUUGAUGAUGUGUCACUCUUGUAUUUUGCUCUUCAGCGAAUGAAUCUUCCCUUGGGCUACGAAUGCGGUUCGUCAGAGGAAGAACGGCUCAUGAUCGACUCAAAGAACGCCAUUAGAGAGGAAGAACGAGACUUUGUGAGGGCUGCUUUCUACUCUCAGUCUUGGAUUGCUGUCGAGCAAAACAAAUGCGUCAAAUGGUUUCGGCGUGUGGACUGUAUUUGGGAUCCCCGUGGUAACAAUCCUGGAAAGGUUGAUCUGAGUCAACGGUAUGACAACCUGACGGAAUUCUUCCUCAAUAUUGUCAACGUGGACAGGUUCCCGAGAAAAGUUCUUGAAAUCAGCCCGAUUCCUUCCGAUCCUGCCCAAUUACGUUCUCAACGUGCGGCUCUAGUCGAUGUUGACCGGACGAUCUUGGCCAACUUACAACCCGAUCCUUAUAAAGCUUUAACCUUACCUUACUUUCCAGUAUUCACUACGGCGACCAGGGUUGAGCCGAUGCCCGCUGAUGACUAUUUCCUUAUUGCUGAUGAUCCGGUGCUCGAGCUCAUGUUUCGGGAUCAAGUUCCCAUGCUUGUUCCUGGCAAGAUGAAAAGACUUGAGACGGAGUUUGAACGUCUGCAGUUGAACGACAAGUAUAUAUCCAACAACGUUAUUGAACGAGUUAUCCGGCCGACUGGGGCGAAGCAGAGGAAGUUGCACUGGGAUAUAGCUGAGAAGGCAGAGGCCAUUGUCAGGUUAGUAAUUCUUUCUCCAUGCUGGCAAAUGUCUAACCUGUCUGCAAGUAUUGCUGCCCAGUUCAAGAGUCCCCGUGCGGGAAACACCCUAGCGAGGCGAAAGCUGCUUAAUAUCUUGAAGGAGGGCGAAAUGUUCGCUGUCGAGCGGGCAGAGCUCAUGGCUGGCCUGUUCACAACCGUACCGGGAAGUUACUCCAUGGGCCCUUGCUUUGACAACGAACAGGGCUUCGUGGCACACCAAGCACGAGGCUUCCUGUAUCAACGAGCUGAGACUCUCUUGAGGAGCGUCCUAUGCACUUUGCCUGGUCAGGUCAAUGCCCUCCUGGAGGAGAAAAAGAUUGAUCUUGUGGGAGACUUGGACCUUCCAACAGGUUUGAUGAACGAAGAAUCUGAGAGCGAAGCCACGACCACCAACGCUUCGAAUACUACGUCCAUGACUCCUGAAAGCUUAACACCAGCAGAUUCACCCUUGGACCAAAACCAGCAACAAUAUCCUCCCGAGACCACGGCGGCUGUACUAAAGACAGGACCUAUGGAGACUCCAGUGACACAACCCGCCAGCGUAGAAGAAUUUCCCGCGGAACUCAAGCACAGCCCAACAACAACGCCGCGGCGGCUCCUUGUACCCAAGUCACGAAGAAGGUCCACGCCUCACUCCCCGGAGGAGGCAGAGCAUGUUUCUUCUAUCCUUUCUGAUACAUCCACCGUGGAUGCAUUAGCCAGUCGCCUUGAGCUUCUCAGAAUCUCAGAUACUGGAGCGGGAGUGCCCAAGCUGUGUAGUGGCUUUAGCUCAAGGGAGAUAAGCCGAUCGAGUCGUUUUCGCCCGUUCAGUGAUUCGCAGUCAGAUCUAUCUACCUCGUUCGUUUUCUUAGGUGCUGGAGCGGAAGUAGCUGUUUGA